UAAAUAAAAAUGUUGGUUUUGAUAACAAAAUUAUUUGUUUAACAGAUGCACACGUGGCAGUAUCUACGCUUAUGCUGAUGCAGAGAACAACUACAAAUGCGCACAAGAAGGCCUUCUUCUUCUUCAUCUUCAUCAUCUUCAUCAUCUUCAAGCUCCCGACUCAAAAACCCAAAUCUCUGAGAAAGAAUCAAAAGCCAAAUUCGAUCAAUCAAGCUGGAGUGGAAGAAAGGGAAAGUGAACCCAUUCGUGAGGGGAAUAAGAUCGAGGUUAAGGCCUAAAUCGAUGCCUUUGAAUGUAGUCAAUGAUCGUGAUGGUUCUUCUCGCAUUCUUUUGACCGACCCUGCUGGAUCAACUGCUGAGGUGCUUUUGUAUGGAGGACAAGUGGUUUCUUGGAGAAAUGAAAGGAGAGAGCAGUUGCUUUAUAUGAGCAGCAAGGCGCAAUUGAAACCACCUAAGGCGAUUAGGGGAGGGUUACCUAUCUGCUUUCCACAGUUUGGAAAUUUUGGUGCACUUGAGCGACAUGGAUUUGCUCGUAACAGAUUCUGGUCAUUUGAUAAUGAUCCUGCACCUCUGCCUCCGGCUAACCAGCAAUCAACUGUUGAUUUAGUAUUGAAGUCUACUGAAGAUGAUUUGAAGAUAUGGCCUCAUAGCUUUGAACUUCGUGUUCGCAUAUCUAUCAGUCCUGGAAAACUUACUAUCAUCCCGCGUGUGAGGAACACUGACCUAAAGGCAUUCUCCUUUAUGUUUUCACUUCGUAACUACUUAUAUGUAUCCGACAUAAGUGAAGUUCGGGUUGAGGGUCUGGAGACACUUGAUUAUCUGGACAACUUGAUGCGUAGAGAAAGAUUCACGGAGCAGGCAGAUGCAAUUACCUUUGACGGCGAGGUUGAUAAAGUGUACUUGAACACGCCGACAAAGAUUGCCAUCAUAGAUCAUGAGAGAAAAAGAACUAUCGAGUUGCGAAAGGAAGGCAUGCCAAAUGCAGUUGUGUGGAACCCUUGGGAUAAGAAGGCCAAAAGUAUUGCAGAUAUGGGAGAUGAGGAUUACACAACAAUGCUGUGUGUAGAUUCUGGUGCUAUAGAAACCCCAAUUGUGUUGAAGCCACAUGAAGAGUGGAGAGGGAGACAAGAACUCUCUAUCGUCUCCUCAAGCUACUGCAGCGGUCAGCUCGAUCCACGUAAGGUUCUUUAUGGGGAUUACUGAUAUCAUACUUGGAAACAUCAUCAGUCUUAUACUCUAAUAUUUUGAUCGUCUUCAUGGAUAAAGCGAUUGAUGCCCAAACAAAUCUGAUAUGAUAUGAUUUGUUUGGAGCUAUUGCUCUUUCUGAGUUUCUGACCGACACACAGAAAGAUUGGCAAAUGUAGUAUUUUGUAACGUUGCCUUCUGUGUGGCGGUCAGCGACUCAUUGAUAUGUAUGGUUCACCCGGCCGGAAACAUGAGUCUUAUAUUAUUGAAUCGUCUUCUGUAUGAACAUUUUGUCUUCUGAGUUGUGACGGUCAACAACUCUUCUUUGCA